UAGCCCUCUUUUCCCCUGAGCAUGCAUUCUCGGUGACCGCUGCUUGUGGCUUGCCAACAUAUCGAGCACAAGGCUGUCUCUCUAGCCUGCACGACAUCCAUUUUUGGCUUUCUUGGCAUCAAUACACACUAUCCCUCAAGCUACGGUACACUAUGUCGGGCGCUGAAGUAAUAGGGGCUAUAUCGGGCAUCGUUGCUCUGCUCGAUGUAGCUGUGAAGUUGUGUGGGGCGGUCAAAGAUGCGUCAAGGCUUCCUAGCCUUCGCGCCGCCAAACAGAGACUGCCCCUGAUUGCCGAUAUGCUUCAGGCGGUCCGAUACGGCUUGGAAACAGCACCGAGCCGGGAAUCGUAUGCGUCCAUGAUGCUUGUACUCGAGGGGUGUGAGAAAAAAGUACAGUCACUCCACAAAGCCCUAGAAGUAGUUGUAUCUGCUUCAGGGGCAUCGGCAUCGAGGCGGGUUGCCACGGCAAUGCGGACAAUGGGCAAGGGAAAAAAGGUAGAAGGGCUGAUGAAGGGCAUCUUGGAGGACAUUCAACUUCUUGCUAGUCAACAUGCCAUCAACGAUCCAACCCGAGACCAGAUUAAGGAUUUGGCAAGCGCUGUCGAACACAUGCAAAUCUCGUCCGCAACUGAACCUGGCAUUGAACGACAUCACCAGAGGCAUUUGACUCAACUAUUUAUCGCAAACUAUGGCCAAGGUCCACAAAACACCCAUCAUGGCAACGGCAAUCAGAAUAUCAAUACAGGAGAGGCACCUCAAUUCUCUGGAACAUUUACGGGGUCCUUUCACUUCACCCCGCCUGUCACCCCCCGGUCGAGUCCAUAAGCUGUGUCCUCAAGCACUAGUACUAUAUACCGCCUUGGUGUUGGAACUAUAAAAGAAGCAGGAACUCGUAUGCGAGCUGUUAUAUAAUCUAGAAUUAAUUGGCAGAUUCUCCUUGCUGUUCCUAGCUUAUUG